UUGUAGUGCAAAAAGGAAAAUCCAUUCACAAACCUAGAAUCAUGUCAUCAAAUUGGAAUUGGAGCACCGAACACUAAACUACACGAACACAUACACCGACCGUCAAAACAUAAUAACAUGGAGACUGAAAUUGAGGCAGUCACAAACCUUGUGACGGCAUUAGAAAACGCAAGUUUCAUGGCAAAACACCUGCUAACCUCAACCACAACCACACAAGACUCGGCCAUCAUACACGCUUCCCUAGAAGCCGCACACCGGCACCUUUCUGUCUUCCUCCUCGCUCACAAUCCACAACCACACACCUCUGCAGAUGAUGAUGAUGAUGAUUCACCUAUGCAAUUAGAGCAAGAUGAGGAUUCGAAAAUGAUUACUAUCGAAAAGGUGGAAGAAGGAAUCAAGGAUUGUUAUAUUCACAACAAUAAAAAUAAGAGACUCAAACGGUCCUUGUCUCCAGCUUCUUUGGCUGCUGGGGAGCUGAGCCAGAGGCUGGAACCGGAGCUCCAAAGUGAAUUUGGUAAUUAUGGUUAUGAUCCUCAUGUAGAAAAGUUGAGAGCUUUGGAUCUCAUUUAUCAGUUUCAUUCUUGAAUUAUUUGAUGAUAUGUUUUUACCUUUGUAUUAGAUUGUUUUUAUCCGUUUAUUAUCUCCUUUUUCCGAUUGUUUU